AAAGUGCAGCACACAGCGCCUUUUUGCCGGCGUUCAGCCGCGCUGACGAGCUACAGGCCUCGCGAUGGGCAUCCACUUCGUGCUGCUCAUCAGCCGGCAGGGCAAGGUGCGGCUAACAAAGUGGUAUUCUGCGAUGCCCUCAAAGGAGCGGGCGCGCGCGGUGCGCGAGGUGUCGGCAGUCGUGCUCUCGCGCCAGCAAAAGCAGUGCAACUUCCUCGAGUACAAGGACAAGAAGAUUAUUUACAAGCGAUACGCGUCGCUGUACUUCUUGGCCUGCGUCGACGAGGAGGACAAUGAGCUGAUCGUCCUGGAGACGAUACAUCAUUUUGUGGAGGUGCUCGACCGCUACUUUGGAAACGUGUGUGAGCUCGACCUGAUCUUCAACUUCCACAAGGCCUACCACAUCCUCGACGAGCUGCUGAUCGCGGGCGAGCUGCAGGAGCCGUCCAAGAAGGCCAUCUUGCGAGUGACGGCCGCGCAGGACGCGCUGAUGGAGGGCUCGGGGGACUCCAAGGUUUCAGACUCAAAGUACGAGAUCUGACGCCCGCCGCGCCGUCGGCCGCUGUGCUGUGGGGUGGGUGGGACAGGCGCGCCUGCUGCGGGGCGGGGCAGGCCGGCACCUUUCCUUUGCCGCGGUCAGGCGCAGCGAGGCCAGUGUGCGCGCGCCGGUGUCUCUCUCUCCGCCUGUAACUUGAAACUUCUCCCCUUACGGCUCUUAUCCAGCUCCGUCGUCGUGUUUUGUAUGGGAGCUAAACAGCUAUG